GACUCGGGCCGGCGCGGCGCGCGAGCAGCAUGAGCGCGCGCUCGGGCCGGUGACCGCCGUGGCGAUGGACCGCGGCUUCGUCGCGGGCGGGCGGCCGAAGAGUCCGCCGGGCCGCCGGCGGCUUCUGCUCUUCCUGCCGUCAGGCAGCUGCGGAAGUCCGGGCGGCCGCGGCGUCUCGGCGCGCCACUGCCUGUCAGCGCUGUCCGUGGGUCUGGGGGCGCUGCGGUCUCGUGGUCCGGCGGCCCGCGGCGGCGCGUCACGUGCCUCCCCGCUGCUCCUCCUCCUGCUCGUGCCCUCCCCGCGCCUGGCCGCCGUCGCCCCGCGCCGGCCCCUCGCGGACCCGGAGCGCUCGCGCCCGAGGCCCUCCGUCCCCGCGGCCGGCCGUGGCGGCGCGGGGAGGUACCUGCGGGGCCUGGCCCCAGGCAUCGCCUGGGCCGCCGGCGCCCUCCACCUGUGCCGCGGCCGAGUGGCCGCCCUCACUUCGUCCAGGAGAGAGCUGAGCCUCUCUGCUGGGAGCCUGCAGCUGGAGCGCAGGAGAGAUCUGGAGCACAAAAGGAGAGAUUUCACCUCCUGUGGGAACAAGAAGCUCUACUUUGACACCCAUGCCUUAGUGUGUUUACUGGAAGAAAAUGGGUUCUCCACCCAGCAAGCAGAAAUCACUGUCUCUGCAUUGGUCAAGAUCACGGACGCCAACAUGGAUAUUGUCUACAAGGAUAUGGUCACCAAGAUGCAGCAGGAGAUCACCGUACAGCAAAUAAUGUCUCAGAUUGCCAACGUGAAAAAAGAUAUGAUUAUUUUGGAGAAGAGCGAAUUUUCAGCCCUCAGAGCAGAAAAUGAGAAGAUAAACGUGGAACUACAUCGGUUAAAACAACAAAUAAUGGAUGAAGUGGUCAAAGUCCGAACAGAUACCAAGUUAGACUUCAAUCUAGAAAAGAGCAGAGUGAAGGAAUUGUACUCGUUGAAUGAAAGGAAGCUGCUGGAAAUGAGGACAGAAAUGGUGGCAUUGCAUGCCCAGCAAGAUCGUGCUGUCACCCAGACAGACAGGAAGAUAGACACUGAGGUCGCAGGCCUCAAAACCAUGCUGGAGUCGCACAAGCUCGAUAACAUUAAGUAUUUAGCAGGAUCUGUAUUUACGUGCCUAACAGUAGCUCUGGGAUUUUAUCGCCUGUGGAUAUAAUAAAGUGUCUAUUUAAAGAGAUCCCUAUUGUUUUGCCUUAAGAAUACCAGAUUGCUGUGCCUCUUUUCCCCCCCUCAUUUCCAGAUUUUAACCCUAGUAUUGACUUAACAUGUGUUAUUUAUUUUAUGCAGAUUAUGGACAUAUAACGAAGGAAAGAAGUCAUAAUGAUUCCUUUCGUCUUUUCUGUUUAGUUGCCUUUGUACCGCUGAGUGGUGGUGGACAAAAUCCGGAGACCCCACUCAGCCAGACCAGUGAACUUGGUCUAACCUCUGGGACAUAUCAACAGUAAAUGUUUAUAUAACUCUCUACAA